GACGUCAAGGAAGCACGUGACAUACUGAAAUCACGUGACCGCAAAGCAGACGCAUCCUUCCUCAUUGACACAGAGUGAUGGCGUCUUGAGCAGAACCAGUGCCUGUCUUUAACACAGCUCAUGACACCCUCAUCAAUACCUGGUGCAAAGUCAUGAUCAUCUAAACAACACUUCACCUUUGGGAAUACAGAAAACUUCUAGACUACCCUAGAUCACCAGAUACAGAAAAGAUGCCAGUGCCUUUGAGGAGCCUUCAGCAGUUGGCCAUAUAUUUGGGUGUAGUGUCAGGAGGAGGAUGUGCCAUGAUGUAUUAUUUGAUUCAGAAGUCAUUUGCCCAGAAAGAUUAUUACUUGAGUGCACUGGAAAAACUUGAAUCUCAGUCUAAUGUUCUAGAGAUGUUAGGAGCACCACCACUUAAGGUCCACAAUCUCCGACUGACAGACAAAUACAACCACAUUGACAAGACAACAGCCCAGAUCAAGAUACCAGUGUCAGGAACCACAAUGGGCGGGUAUCUCUAUAGCUCAGCUGUCAAAGACCAAUUCAACCGAAGGUGGAAUCUCCGAGAUGUCAUUUUAAAACUGAAUAACGGUGAAAGUGUCUCAAUUUACCACGCCGAUAAUGAGGGGGAUGACAAGUAGUCAUGUAUCUUAAUUGUGCACAUGAAAAUGCCAAACAUCAACUAUGUUUUAGAUCUCUUCUUACACAAAGUUGUUUGAAGGUGAAUCUGCAGAAAAAUGCUGCAACCAACCACUGUACAGCUUUCAUAAUUUAAGAGCAAUAUGUGAAAUUGGUCUCUACAGACAAGGACAGUUCUUCUAGACCUGACCUAAUGGUUUGUGUUGCUCCUACUACAAUGUUCCUGUCAUGGGUUCCAUUCUUAAGGUUGGCCCCAUCUGCAUUUAGGUGGGGUUCUCCAGUGUCCAGAAUAGUCUUAUAGAAUUGUCCAGUUAGGCCAAACAAUUCAAGCCUUGCAUGACAAGCAUUUAUAUUUUCAUAUCCCCAUUUGUAUUUGAAAUAUAAAGGGUGACUAUUCAAGAAUUUUUAUUUUUUUUCCAAAAAGAAACACACAGGUAAACAACAUCCCAGUCUUGAUGUGGUGUCUCAUCUCUAUUCUAUGCUCAGGUGGUUUAAUUCUAGAUUAUGUCGGCCUGCUGCCGUGUCACCCAACAAACCAAUAAUUAUUUAUCACUUUGUAGUUUCCUUUCUAUUCUCAGGUUUAAUUCUGGUGCCAUGCCAUCCAACAAACCAAUAAUUAUGUCUUUGUUUUGUUUGAAUAAAGAUCUGUUGUCUGUUCUGGA